AUGGUGAAUGGACUCAAAGUUGAAGACAAAUUGGAUGGUGCAGCCAAUUACACUUCAUGGAAAUUCAGGAUUCUUAUUGUGCUAGAAGAGAAUGAUCUUCUUAACUAUGUGAAGUCUGUUGUAGAUGAACCUUCAGAUGACACCGAGAAAGCUCAAUGGAGGAAGAAUAAUCUCAUGGCUAAAAAGAUUCUAAUUGAUUCUGUUAAGGAUCAUCUAAUACCUAUUAUAUCCAAGUUGAAUUCAACCAAAGAUAUGUUCAAGUGCCUUCAAAGCUUGUAUGAAUUCAAUAGUACUAGCAAAGCUCUAGCAUUGAGACGUCAACUUCUUCAUAUUAAAAUGAGUAGAGGUGAAUCUGUUGUUUCCUUCUUUAUGAAGAUUACAAAAUUGAAGGAUCAGCUCAAUGCUAUUGGUGAUUCUAUUGAGGAUAAAGACCUGGUUAUGCUAGCCAUGAAUGGCCUUCCUCACUCCUAG